CCGCUAGGCAUUUGUAGCUCCUCCAGCGCAAUUCUAUGGUCAACGUUUGGCACUGCAAAAUGUAGAACAUUCAAGAAAAAAAUGUAGUCUGUUACAAAACCAAAGCUGAAAACCUUAAUAUAAAUUCCUGCCUCUUAGUCAUUCUCAAAACGGAAGACGUUUUCCAUCACUUGAUUCAUGCAGGAAAAAGUUAUAGGCAGGGAGUAGAAAUUAGGUAAACAUUUUAGUUUUAAAUUGUAUAGUAAUUUGUUAUGAUAAAUAAAUAUGGUUGUAUGCAAUGAAAAGUAACAUAAUGCAUAUAGGGAGUGAUAGGUAGUCGCUUCAUAUAAUGGCUUGUAAAGACUUUUUAUUUUGUUGUGUUAGCGCAGGGGAAGUUUGUAUGUUUGUCUGUGAGAUUCGUGUUAGAACAAAUAAAAAUAUUAUUUUAAAAAAGAAAUCAAAAUGGAAAACAUUUUGAAAUCCCUUUUGGACAGAAGGUAUGACAUGGAAAAAGAGGAUGUCUGGGUGCAUGCAAACGCCAGCUGUUUCCUUUAGCUGCUUUGCAAGAUUGUGGUUUUUCAGAGAUCCUGACCCCUUUGCAUUUUUCUUUCUGGACAGGUCCCUCUGUUCUUUCUCUUUCUCUGUGGACCCUUGCGUGGGACCCCCGAACGGCUGCUUCCAUGUGGCUCCUGGACAAAGUGAGGUCCUCUCCAGGGGAUGCCAGCCCUCAGGGUCUGUCAUUUCUGAGCUUGCCCUCUGACAAAUCCACCCCUCCAGCUUCCGCUUUCUCCAACAUCUUGACUCCGGACCGCAUCCCAGAGUUUUGCAUCCCCCCACGGCUUGCGACACCUCCACCGAUGAAGAGCCCUGGAGCGGCUUUCCUUCCUCACCGCUGUCUCACAGAGCCGUGCUUGCAGCAUGCGGCGUUGGCACCUGACCACAUUAGUGGGAUGAAUAACAACGCCAGCUUAUUCCUGCCCCAUCUCAUCCAGGUGGAAAGCGUGGAGGAGAUCUCUGGCUUGGAGGAGGAAGAGGAGGAAGAAGGCGGCACCAAUUCGGACCCCCAGUCACAGGCGGCCUUGUCUUUGCCCCACUUCCCCAAGGCCCAGACUUCCUACGGCUUCUGUACCCUUUUGGAAAGUCCCCAUACCCGGAGGAAGGAGUCCAUCUUCCACAGUGAGGGUCCUUUGCAUUGCAACUCCUCCGGGUCUGGACUCUCCCUACCCCGAUCCCGGGCCAGCAGUUACAGUGGCCGAGAACUGGCCUCCACUAGCCCCAUGGGCAUCCAUCCAGUUCUCCUGACCAGGAGGCGGCAGGGGGCCUGGGAUAGCGACACGGCCUCCUCCACUGAGUCUUCGCCUUUUAGCUCUCCGCGUCUUGGCCGGUCGCCGUUUUCUGUCCGGUCUGGUUCCCUCUUCAAAGCCUGGAGCCACGACGGACUUUUGGGGAAGACCCUGAAGACCCGGAGCAGCUGGGCCCGGUCAGGACGAGCUGAUUCCUUGUCGACGGAGGAA